AUGGAGAUGGACGACGGGGAUGAGAGCCUUACCAAGGCGAAGCUCUACGCGACCAUGUCUGACGACGACUCGUGGACGGAGAUGGGUGUCGGUGUCGUGUCUGUCGUCUUACGCUCCUCUGCAGCUCUGGACUGCGAAGAUAGCGAUGGUAAUGGUACGGAGCGGGCAGUUGGCCAUCUUGAGAUGAUUGACAUCGAUAAUCCGGAGGAGUUGCUGAUGAGUACACCCAUCACCCUCUCGGAUGCCUAUGUUGUCCAGCAUGAAACCAUUCUUUGGUGGUCUGACCCACAGCUGGGUCGCCUCAUGGCGUGUAGCUUCAAUACGAAGGAAGGGUGCGAGAAGAUCCAUAAGGAAAUUGUGGCGUAUCAGCGAUCUAGGAGGAGCGUCAUUUCACAAGAAAUAAAUGGCGGUGAGGUGGCCAGUGCAUCGUCCCUCUGCAGCCACUGGACAGUGUGUCGCGAAAACCUACCAGCUAUUCUUUCUGCCGCCACGACCAAUGCCCAGCGUUUUGGCGUGUAUGUGCGUGGCCGCGACACCUACUUUAAGGAGCUUGCGGAGCUAUUUCAGGCGUGUCAGCGUGACGAGGACGUACGCGGCAUGGAGUUGACGGGCCAUAUUACAUUGGCCCUGUUGCGCUCUCCAUUUAACACCGAUGGAAAAAAUAUUGCGCAAUUUGUGGAGAACUCGCU